CAUUGCUGCAUGCCAAUGAUUUUCUCAAGGAUCUGAAACAAAUUGGUUGAGUACAUUUACCGAAUAAGUGAUGUCAGGACGAGUGGCUUGCAAAUAAAGCAGACGACCUAUGCGACGCCGAUACAUGUUGGCAUCUAUGCUCUCUUUGUUAUCCUCUCUAUCGAGCUUGAGAUUCUGUUCCAUGGGAAAUUUGCUCGGUUUGCAUCCAAGCAUGCCCGUUUCUUCUAAGAUAUCCAUAGUAUAUUUCCAUUGGCUCAGAACUAAACCUUCUUUCGUACGAGAUACCUCGAUACCCAAAAAAUAUGUCAAGCUACCAAGAUCUUUGAUACUAAACCUAGCAUCAAGAUUGGAUUUAGUAUCUUCAAUUUUAGUGGUGUCAUUUCCAACGAUAAUGACAUCGUCCACGUAAAUGAGAGCGACAACGAAACUAGUCUUGUUUUUUGAAUGAAGAGAGAAUGGUCUACAUGUGACAAUUUAAAUCCCAUGUCACGUAGGGCUGCGGUGAACUUGUGGUACCAAUUUAUGCUUCCUUGUUUUAAUCCGUACAACGAUUUCUUGAGUUUGCAUACUCGCGAGUCACCUUCCUUACCAAAUCCUUGAGGCAUCUUCAUGUAAACGUCUUCCUCAAGGUCGCCAUGUAGAAAAGCGUUAUUCACAUCUAAUUGGUGAAUUAUCCAGUUGUUCUUCACAGCCAGAGUCAAUAAAAUUCGUACGGUGACCAAUUUAGUGACUGGAGCGAAUGUGUCGUGAAAGUCGACCCCUUCCAUUUGAGUGUAUCCUUUAGCGACAAGACGAGCUUUGUAUCUUUCUAUGGCACCGUCGGUCUUAAAUUUUAUUAAAUCCAUUUUGAUUCUAUGGCUCGUUUUCCUUCUGGCAGCAUUACGAGUUCCCAAGUAUCAUUAUCUUCCAAGGCCUUGAUCUCCUUCUUCAUGGCAUCAUGCCAUUUUGGAUCAUGAAUUGCAUGCUUAAAACUUCUAGGUACAUCGUGAGUAACAAUAACAGCCAAGAAAGCUUUACAAGAAGUCGAAUUUUUUUGAUAUGAAAUAUAGUUGGAAAGGGGGUGUACCAAAGAAGCAACAUGAUUGGCUGCGGGUGAUGCGUAGUCAAUCGAUGGGGGUAAAUUAACCUCGUAAUCUUGAUACCUGACCAGUUGAGCAUUUGAUCUGAUGGGCCUGGCGUUGUCUGAGGGAAAAGGCUUAUUAAUUCCGAAAUAUGGGCCGAAAUAUUGGGCCUGUUGCACAGCAGAAUCAUGAUUAGUUGGGCUUGAGUUGUGAUCUUGGUGCACAGUGGAAUCAUGGUGUGUUUUGUGAUCAUCGGUUUGGUUGUUAUUGCUAAAAGAUGCAUUGUCUUUAGGGCUGUGAUGUAUGGCUUCCUCAUAACCCUCUAGCUGAAAAAUAUCGUCUGGUUUUGAGUUUUCAUGUUCCUUUUUUGUGUUCAUAGGAAAUUGGUUUUGAACAAAUCGUACAUCCUCGAGACUAUGAUCCUUUUGCUUUCCAGAUCAAAAAUCUUAUAACCUUUGGUACCGCUCGGGUAGCCAACAAAGACCCCUGGUCUUCCACGUGGCUCGAACUUAUCUCCCCCUGGUCUCAGUACUGCGAUGGUAAGUUAAACAACCAAAACCUCGCAAGUGUUCAUAGAUAGGCUUUCUUCCAAAAAGAACUUCAUACGGUGAAGCUCCUUGUAACACUUUUGAGGGAAUUCGGUUUAUAACAUACGUUGCAGUCAGCACGCAUUCUCCCUAAAAGGUUUUAGGAAGGUUGGCUUGGAAACGAAGAGACCUAGCCAUUUCUAGUAAAUGUCGGUGUUUGCGCUCUACCACCCCAUUUUGUUGUGGGGUAUACGGACAAGAAGUUUCUAAAAGAAUGCCUUCCUUUGCAUAAAAAUCAUGCAUGGCACUGUAACAAAUUCUCCUCCAUUGUCGCAUCGUAUCCAUUUGAUGCAUUUUCUAAAUUGGGUUUUGAUCAUUUUGUAAAAAUCUAUAAGACAUGUGCUUGCCUCACUUUUGUGUGUUAGUAAGAAAGUCCAAACCGCCCUGCUAAAUUCGUAUAUGACAGUCAAAAAAUAAAAAACCUUACUUGUUGAAGGAGUUUUAUAUUUCCCCCAUCCGUCACAAUGCACCAUGUCAAAAUAAGCAUUUGUUUUAAUUUCACUAAUAGGAAACGAUAAUCUAGUGUGUUUAGACUUAAAACAAGCAUCACAAUUUAAAUCAUUCUUACUAGCUGGAAUAAAAUCUAAGCGAUAAACUUUCUUUGGAGAAGGGUGCCCGAGUCUUUUGUGCCAGGUCUCGAAGGUGGUCAAGAUAGCGUUAUUAGUCUUCACUACCCCCAUGCGAUAUUAACCUUAUAUGCGAUUACCCGCUCCAAUCAAGCGCUUCGUCCCCAAUUCCUGCAUGAGAAAGAAACCCGGAAAGAAAGUUACAACACAAUUAAGUUCAUCGGCCAGAUUCCCAACAGAUAGUAAAUUAUAAUUAAAACUUGGUACAAGUAAGACUCCUUUGAUUUUGAUUCCUCCUAGAAGUACAUGAUCACCCUCACCCAAAACAGGAAUCUUGUCUCCAUUUGGAAUGACGACAGGGGUUCCCUUUGGGGUUUGGGUUUUGUUUUUAAGAAAAUCACUCCUAUGAGUCAUGUGUUCGGUGGCACCUGAGUCCACCACCCAACCAUCAUAUGUAUCAAUUCUACCUGCCAUGUUAGCCCUUGGUUGAGAUUCGGUUUUAGUUAUGCCUUUGCUUUCCUUGAAGUGCUUGACAAAGAGAUGAUAUUGUUCAUCUGUUAACUUCGGAAUUGGGCUAGCUAUCAUCUCAACGCAGCCGACAUUUGGUAUUCCUUUGUCUCGAUUUCCACGCCACCACUCAAUGUAUCCAAUUAUCUUCAAACACCCCUCCUUCACAUGACCUUCUCUUUGACAGUAACUGCAUUUUUCUUUCUUUUCAUUCUCGAUCUUUGCAGUUUUUGGAGUUGUUUUAUUGACUGCCUACGCGUUCAGCUUGCCUUGUGACUGUCGAUGUACCUUUGUCUCGCCAUAGUUAGCCUGGAAAGCUGAAGCUUCUGAUCCUGGCCUCUUUGUUCCACUUGUGAUCGCCCUGUGUUGUUCAUCUUCUACCACCAAGUGGUAAGUGGUUGCAAGUGAUGGUGUUGGUUUCAUGGCCAAGACCUGAGUCCGAAUAAAUAAAAACUCAUCAUCGAGACCAAUAAGGAAUUCAUAACUCCUCUCUUUCUCCUUUACUUCAUUCAACUGUUUCCCAAUAGCACACUCACACCUAUCGCACACACACCGUGGCACAGGUAGAACAACUUGAAUUUCAUCCCAAAGAGAUCUCAGUUUUGUAUAGUAAUUGAAAACUGAUAUACCUCCCUGUCAUGUUACAUUAAGUAACUGUUUUAAUUCAUAAGCCCUUGGUUCUCCUUCCUUUUCAAAUCAACCCCCCCCCCCCCCAGAUCCUUCCAAAUUUUAGAAGAGGUAUUGGCAUACCUUACGCUGGUGAGAAUUUCCUUUUCCAUUGCAGUCGUUAGCCAACCCUUGACCAUGGCAUCAACUCGAAGUCAAGCCAUACGUAAUGACGACUCCUUCUUUGGUCUCUUGAUGGUGCCUUCGAUCAGUCCCAUCUUGUUUUUCGCAAGGAGAAAGUUGGUCAUCUCCUGCUUCCACUCGUUGUAAUUGUUAUCAUUCAAAAUGUUAUUCACCUGCAUCUGUUUUGGAUAAUCAGAUAGGUGAAUGUAGAAUGGUGAAUUGACAUCAGUGGCUUCACUUUCUGGUUUCUUGCUCCCGUCUCCUUUCUCUCCUGUCAUGGUUGCUGAACGAUUUUGCUAUUCGGUGUGGAUAACCUGCUCUGAUACAUAAAGAAACUAAUAGAGCCAACUUGGGAAAAAGAGUAACACGACACGCACCGUCCUAAUAAUUGUUCUUGUAACAAUCGGCACUGCCACAAUAAUUGGCUCGAUAUGCAUCUUCAUAGCAUUAAAAAGAAAGAAAAAGCAAAUCCUGCAGCCGCCACUUCCGCCGCUUGAAAAUAGUGAGACUGGAACGAUGGAUAUUGGCACCGCUGAUGCUUUGCAAUACAACUUUAACCUGGUGAGAGCAGCAACCAAUGACUUCUCUGAAGAGAAUAAGCUUGGAAGAGGUGGAUUUGGUGUAGUUUACAAGGGUAAGCUUGGAGAUGGACAGGAAGUUGCCGUAAAGAGGCUAGGAAGGGAUUCUGGGCAAGGUGACGUGGAAUUCAAGAAUGAGGUUUUGCUAGUUGCAAAACUUCAACAUCGUAAUUUGGUUAGACUACUUGGUUUCAGCAUAGAAGGGAGUGAACGACUUCUCAUUUACGAGUACUUGCCAAAUGCAAGUCUCGAUCAAUUUAUAUUUGAUCCAACUAAACGCACACUUCUUGAUUGGGAAAAGAGAUACAAGAUCAUCAAAGGCAUUGCCAAGGGGCUUUUAUACCUUCAUGAAGAUUCUCGUUUAAGGAUAAUUCACCGUGAUAUGAAAGCUAGUAAUAUUUUGUUAGAUGCAGAAAUGAUUCCUAAAAUUGCAGAUUUUGGGAUGGCCAGACUGUUUAAACCUGAAGAAACUCAAGGGGACACUAGUCGAAUUGUCGGAACCUACGGUUACAUGGCACCUGAAUAUGCCAUGCAUGGACAAUUUUCAGUGAAGUCGGAUGUGUUUAGUUUUGGAGUAUUAGUACUCGAGAUGGUAACAGGUCAAAAAAACCAAUGCUUUCGGAGUGGAGAUAACGUUGAAGACCUUCUGAGCUUUGCAUGGAAAAGUUGGCGAAAUGGGACGGUGGCAGAUAUAAUAGAUGCCACAUUGAAAACAGGAUCGGGUUCAUUGCGUGACGUCAUUAGAAGUAUACACAUUGGGUUAUUAUGUGUCCAAGAAAAUGUUAUCGAUAGGCCAACCAUGGCUUCAGUUGUUCUUAUGCUUAAUAGCUUCUCUCUCACGCUUCCCUUACCAUUAGAACCUGCUUUUUUCAUGCAUAGUACCAUUGAUCCUGAAAUGCCACUUCUUAAGGAAUUCAGUUCAUCCAAUUCAGGAAGUAGUGGUUUUGGAAAACCUCAAAUAUCAAAAUCAAAAUCAAGAUCAUCUCAAGUUUCAGUAAAUGAUGUUUCAAUAUCCGAGAUCAUUCCUAGAUAAGUUUUUACAUUGCACUUGAUAUGGUUACAUAUAUUUCUUCUUUGUUUCAUUUUCAUUAAGGCUACUAUUUUGAACUUGCUAGUUUAAACUUGGAUGUAAUAUUUACCAUAAAACUUUAGUUUUAAUUUCCUACUUCCUA